AUAUUCCUGUACACCCAUAAAAUUUCUAAAAGUGUUCACAAAGUGCAUUUGUUCUCCAGUGAGAUUUUCUCUGGGAUUUGUCCUUUUCCCAUCUGGGGUUUGGGGGAAUGUGGAAGGUGUGGCCAAAGGGAAAGCCAAAAUAUUGAUUUUGUGGCCUGCAGAUAAACUGAGACACUUCCCAGCAUUAACUGCUGGUUAAUAUUUACUGGAUUUCCAGGAAAAGUUAAGCAAAUAUUGUAAAUGUGUCAAGUGGAUGAGAAAAUGUUUGUCCUUUGAGUAAAACUUUGAUAUCUGGGGUGUUUGCUGAGAGUGUGCAGGGCAGGGAAUGGAGCUGGGAGAGGGCUCAGCCUGGAGAAAAGGAUUUCUGGCAGCUCUCUGGGCUUUUGGAUCCUUCACGAAAUUUGGUUUAUUCCACUGUGGGUUCUUUCUUGGGAAUACUGGGAGAGACAAGGUGUCACUGAGGACAAUAACUGGGUGGCUGAGCCCAGGUGCUGGACAAAUCAAAAUAACCUUGCAAUUGAGUGAGUGAUUUGGAUAUUUGAAGUGGCAUCACAAGUGUGGGUUUCUGGAACUGGAUCCUGGAGGUCAAACUUUUGCAUGUUAUUCACAGGAGCCACUCUGGGUCCCCCCAGGGUGAACAGGGUCAGUGCCAGCUCUCACUCCCUGCUCAUCAGCGUCAGCCCCCCCUUCCCCCCCGAGCACGGGGACUCCCUCCAGUACCUGGUGUCCUACUGGGAGAACACAACCAGCCCCACCAGAAAGCAGGAGCUGAGUGUGGUGGAGACACUAUUCCAAAUUGGGAACCUGAAGGAAUCCACAGUUUACUGCUUCAGCAUCCAGGUGCAGCUGAAAAUCAUCUCAGGGCACUUGUUGGGAGAGGAGAGAGCACCAGAGUGUCACAGAACUGCCCUCAGUGAGGCAACCCGGGCUGGGCUCAUCAUUGCCCUCUUCAUCCUGGCCUUGAUCUUUGUCAACCUGCUGGCAGUGGCUCUGCUGUUGCUAUGGAAACACCACCAAAAAAUCAAAUUCUGGGCUCAGCCACCCCUGCAAAUCCCAGCCCACUUCCAGGAGUUCCUGAGGGAGCCUGGCUUGGAGGAGCUGUGCAGUCCUGCUGAGGAGGAGCCCCAGGCCAUGGUGGUGGCAGAAGGAAAUGGCCUGGAGGGGGAAGGAUCCUUCACCCAGCACCUGCAGGGACAGGGGAGCCUCUGAAGGGCCCCCCCAGAGAGGGUCACCUGGGCCAGGGCUGGCUGCUGGCAGGAGAUCCUGGACACAGACCCCUGGGGUCACAGGAAAACCCUGAACAACCCCUGGGAUCACAGGAAAAUCCUGAACAACCCCUGGGAUCACAGGAAAACCCUGGACAGGGAGCCUGGGAUCACAGGAAAAUCCUGAACAACACCUGGGAUCACAGGAAAACCCUGAACAACCCCUGGGGUCACAGGAAAACCCUGAACAACCCCUGGGAUCACAGGAAAAUCCUGAACAACCCCUGGGAUCACAGGAAAACCCUGGACAAGGAGCCUGGGAUCACAGGAAAAUCCUGAACAACACCUGGGAUCACAGGAAAAUCCUGGACAUAGAGCCUGGGAACACAGGGAAGAAAAUCCUGGACAUCAAUCUUGAGAUCACAGGACAAUCCUGAAUCCCCUGGGGUCACAGGACAGU